AUGGUGGCUGACGCCAUGCAGAUUCUGCAAGAGGAGGUCAAGCUGAGCUCCGUCAAGAAGCGCAUGGCCCGUAUGUUCGCUCCUCGUGUUGAUGGAAGCUACUUGGUUCCGAAGGAGCUGGUGGACCAGUACAAGGACUUGAGUCAACGCCCCGCUUUGGAAGCCGAGUUCCUCAAGUCCGGGCUUGACAAGGACCUCUUCGUCAGGCGCUCCGUGAAAAAAAUCAAGCGCCGCGAGUCCGAGUCGGAGGUUUGGGUUUCCGGGCAGUUUGUGUCCGAUUUGGACAUGGACGAGCUUGGCCUCACAGAGAAGCGGAAGAAGGCUGUGCACGACGAGUGCGCAAAGAUGCGCGGGUGGAUCAGGCGGGACAGGUACGAGCCGGACGUGAAGCUUUACUGGCUUGAAAAGUCAGUGGAAGCCAAGGUGCUGAAGCGCAAGCGGGAGAUCUAUGAGGAAGUGGACAGCGAUGCGGAGUUCGAGGAGAGUGACAACGAAAAGGACUUGGACGUCUUCAGCCACUCAUGGGGCCUCGGUGAUGGAGGCGACGACAAAAAUGUCGCCGGGGCGGACCGGGAAUCCGACGUCAAGCAGAGGAUUAAAUCCAUUAGUUUUCCGGAUAUGGAUGCGGACGGGCUGCCCUCCUCCUACAUCGUGAAGGUUGUGCAAUGCUUGGGGAAAUGGAAUGCUAAGAUCCAGGGUGUUAAGGACCAACUGGAACAGUUCAAGAAAAGCGAGAAGACAGACAAGAUCCUGACCAAAGCGAGCACCAUCCUCAAGGGCCUGGAUGAGACUUCCGAAAAGAUCCAGCACAAGCAGUCGGAAAGUGUGCUUCAGGAUGUAGGCUUCAGCCUGGAGCAGCAGGGCGAGAUCAAGAAGUUGUUCGACGUGGCCAAGAAGCAGUGCGUGGAAGCCCUCAGCUUCAGCACGGGGUGUGGGCCGAUGAUCGUGUAUCUUCGGUCGCAGAAGAAGAAAGACGAUGCGGGCCACUCUUAUUUGAGCCGAUUCCUCAUUGCUGCCUAUCCAAGCAAGCAAUGGCCUCCGGAGCUUUUGGCGGACAUUAUCAAAGCUUUGUCGACCCAACUUCGUGAGAUCUUUGAGACAGGACUUUUGGUCCAAGGCAGGCGGUUUUACAUUGGCAUCAUGGGAAUGAAAGGGGACUUCGAGUUCCAUUGCACUUCCUUGCGUGAUGCUGGCCUGAAACGGUCCUACGAGCAUGUUGGGCGAGCAAAAGAUCUUCCUGUUUGCAUCGAAUGUGAAGCGGGGUUUCAAGAGAGCCCUUUUGAGGACUCCAAUCCCAAUGCUCUCUGGACAAGGACCAUUGGCAAGUCUGCGCCGUGGGAAUCAGCGCCGAGUUUUGUGCAAAUGCCCUUCGACAACUGGAGCUCCUUUCCAUCGGGAGUUCUUCAAUUCUUUCGCAGAGAUCCUUUCCACGUCUUCCGCCUAGGCGUGGCACGUAAUUUUCUGGCGUCUGCAAUUCUACUUUUGUGCAACUUCGGUGCCUUCGACCUUCUGGGUGAAUCAAAGUCUGUUGAAAACAGGCUCGCAAGAGCCUGGAAACAGUUUCAACUUUUCCUGGAAACAACGUCUUUGCAUGUGGGGGGCUUGCGAAGCUUCAGCAAGAAGAAGAUGCACUUUGCAAGUGGAGGAUCUUUUCCCUGGCUCGGAUGCAAAGGCUCGGACACAAUCGUGCUUUUCAAGUGGCUGCGGGUCUUGUUGGUGCAACUUCGUGUGCGAGGAACGAGCCCGGUCACGGGCCAUGAUUUUACCACAUGCCGAGCGUGUUACUGGAUGGAACUGGCUCUGACUGGAGGCCUACAUUUCUCUCAAGGAAUCCAUGGGCACUCGUUGUGGAUGGUGCAAAGCUGCACCGACUCCCUUCGCCAGGCCCUACGUGAUUUCUUGCGAGGCUAUUCUCAGCUGGCGCAGUUUUGUUUGCUGCGAAAGAUCCCUCUGUUUGGGUUAACACCCAAAUAUCACGCCCUCGCGCAUUUCAAACAUGAUUUGGAAAAGGCGCUGCAAGGAAAUCUGGCAGCAACUUUGAACCCAGCGACCUGGGACUGCAGUAUGUCGGAGGACUUUAUAGGCCGAGUGUCACGACAAUCUCGACGGAUCGGAUACAAGAGAAACUUAUUCGAGAAACACGUCUUACAGCAUUAUCUUCUCAAAUUUGGUUUCGUGCUGGGCCGCUGGAAACAAGAAAUACCACAGCCCUCGGGUGCUAGAACUGGGCGCAAACAGCGAGCUCGAGGCAAGCGUUGA